AUGGAGAGAGCACACUACUCGCCACCCUGGGCGGAUACUAGCAUAAUCGGCAUAGCUGGGAGCUCUGGCUCUGGCAAAUCCACUUUGGCCCACAAAAUUGUCAGUUCGUUGAAUCUACCUUGGGUUGCCAUUCUGUCUAUGGACUCCUUCUACAGAGUCUUGACCCCUGAACAACAUAUUCUGGCACAGAGGAAUGAAUAUGACUUUGACUCCCCAAGCUCAAUCGAUUUCGACACCUUGGUCGAACGUCUUCAAGAUCUCAAGGCCGGGUAG